AAAAAUUUCCAGUGUUAAAUUAAAAAGAAGAAACAAUUAUAAAAUGAUUUAUCCAUUAUCAGAAUUUAUUGGCGACGUUCCAUAUGAAUUGCGAAGAAUUUCCGAUACAAACUCAAAUUCAUUGGAAAAAAAAGAUCCCAUUCCACAAACAAUUAAUGUAAAGGAAAAAAUUCAAAAUUACAAUCAAAAGUCAAGUGGAUUGAAAACUGAUAUUCAUUUAGCGCUUAUGCCACUUUAUUAUGUGACAAAAUUAUGUGGCCUCUAUCCAGUUGAAUUAAAAGCACGAGGCGGUGGAAUUUAUUCUGCAAAAUUAUAUAAACCUGCAGUAUUUUAUGGCAUUUCAUUAGCAAUAGCAUUUAUAUCAUCUCAAGCAUGGGGUUUGUGGCGAGAUUUAAGAAAUGGUUGGAAAAAUAGCACAAGACUAUCGUCACAAACUGCGUUAACAGUAACUUGCACUGAUGUAACGGCAAUUGUUACGGUAAUGAUUACUGCAAUAACAAAUGCACCAUUUAGAUGGAACUAUUUACAAAGAGCAAUAAAAAUAUUAGCGGAGAUAGACGAAAAAAUUGGAAAUUUAGAAAUGAAAAGACUACAGAGAAUUUCAAUAAUUUUGAUUUCAUGUCCACUGUGUUAUUUGAUGUUAAUUUCGGUUUUGGAUUUUAAAGCAUGGAAAUUGUCGGACAGUAGGAAACCACAAUUACUACCUGAUAAAGGACAAAUUAAUUAUCUACCACUCUAUUUUAUGUAUAUUAUAAUAACAAUGUUUGAAACACAAUAUGCAUUAAUAACAUUUAAUGUCGGUGAACGUUUCUCACGUCUUAAUCGUUUUAGUAGGAAAAUAUUGAAAUGCAACAAAAUUCUCGAAGUGGCUUCAGAAUUUAAACAGCACAUGAUUAGGCUUCCCACAAUCUCGUCGGAAUUAAGUCGUUCUAAGAAGGCAAAACCACAUGAGGGAUUUACUGCUGGAAAUCAAAAACUAAUCGAUUCGAUAUCAACAUUAACGACACUGCAUGGGAAUUUAUGUGAUUCGACGUCACUGAUUAAUAUUGCAUUUGGAAUACCAUUGCUUACCUGCGUUUUAGGAUGUAUGCUUCAUUUGAUAAAUACCUGUUAUUUUUUGUACACCGAAUUAAAAGAGGAGGAUACAAGUGGAUUUUUCCUUGUAACCCAACCACUUUGGGUUAUUUUUCACAUAAUAAUGCUUCUCAUACUGGUGCAACCGUGUUACAUGACAAUAGUCAAGUGCAGAGAAACAACAUUAUUGGUCAGUCAAUUAUUGACACUAAAAUGGGAUCCAGAUGUGCAAAAACAAUUGGAAAUAUUUUCACUGCAAUUACUACAUCGUCCAUUAAAUUUCUCAGCCUGUGGAUUAUUUUCCAUUGAUCGUGGUUUAGUCACAUCGAUUGCAGGUGCUGUGGCGACUUAUCUCGUGAUACUCGUGCAGUUUCAAAAUGAGAACGAUUGUUCACAAGGGACGAAGGAUCUUAAAAAUGCAACAGAUAUUAUUUUCAAAAAUUUAUCAUUAGCUAAAAGUCCAAAAGCUUAAUUAUAAUAUAUAUUAUGUAAAUUGUUUAUUACAAUAGUUCUGAGAAAUAAUAAAUAUCUACAUUACCGACUUAAUCCUAUAACGGUCGACAUUGUAAAUUUCUACAUUACCGUCUUGCCUAUCAACUAUGAUGGUAUUAUUACCGAUAGUUGAUAAAUUAGAAAUCUAUAUUACCGAUUGUAGAUAAAGUAGAAAUUUCCAUUACCAAUCGUUAAUACUUAAUAACUCUGACUAUUAAUGGUGGGGUAGCCAAAAGCCUCACUUACCAUUUUCCCCAGUCACACAAAUUGUACAAAACUGUUUUACCGACUGAGUCUCUACAAAUCUAACCUUCUUACUGUGUAAAAUUGUAGUUCGGGACAAUGACAAGUGAGGCUUUUGGCUACCUACCUGAUCUUUAAUGCAUAAUCUAGACAUUUACCGACUAUUCUACCAACCGUCGGUAAUAAAUUAUGUCGGUAAUUUAAAAACCACCGCAUUAUCGACAUAAUCUACCAACGGACGGUACUGUAGAUUCUUAAACUUUGGUCUAGAAUUUCUUCAUUAAGAACUUUGGAACAUACCUGGGACUUAACUUGCCAACGGUCGGUAAAUCAGGUCUCUAAUAACGAAGCUCUUCAUUACCUACUUUUCUAGCAAUAGUCGGUAAUGUAGAACAAUAAUUUAAUAAAUCUCUACAUUAUUGAUUUAAUUUACCAACGGUCGGUAAGGUAGAUCCCAAAAAAUAAUAAUCAAUGCUUUUUUUGGGAGUUUUUCAGGGUCACUAAAUCGAAAUCUGAAGUCAAACCUCAACAAGAACAAAGUCAAAAUUUAGAAAUUCAAAAUGGUGGUUUUAAAAAUCCGAUCAAAAACUUAAAAAAUCUAACUAAUCUUACUAAAAAUGCUUUUUCGUGGGUUUCCGAGGUCGCUGAAUCCGAAUUUGAUGUCAAAA